AUGCCCAAGUCUCAGAAGAAAUACCCUGCGCCGGCAGCUCCUGAACCUCAGCCUACCAGUUCAUCAGGGGAAGCGGUGUCUGAGAAGCCAUUGAAAAGCGUCGAAAAGGAGGAGCACAAGUCUGAGAAGGAAGAACUCAACGGGUUAUCCGAGGAGAAGCUGGAGAUGCCGAAGGAGGUCAUUCCCAGUAAAACAAAG